GCGCCAUAUUCGAGGCCAUAUUGACAUUUUCAAUUUGAGUUUUCAAGAUGGGCUGUCCUAUGUUUGAGAGAAGAUUCGCUCUGAAGCGUCCCUCUGAAUAUCCCUUCCAGUCCCUAUACCGCCCCUGGAGCUGGCUACUGAGCAGUUUUAACAAUGUCGCGUUGUUGGCCUUUCUCUUCAUACUAGCAAUAGCACUGUACAAGAGAUACAGGAAGAAGAGAGGGGCCGAAAAAUUCACAUACAGGAAAGUUGUAACUAAUAAAGAAUCUAAUGAAAAUAAAGAGUCUCUUAUUUCUGUCCUUGUCAUUGGAGGCUCUGGGAAUUUGGGUCAAUGCUUAACUGAGCAGCUAGUCAAUGAUGGUAAUUAUGUAGUUCAUUCACUUGAUUUAAUCAUACCGCCUGAAAGCAAGAUGAUUCCUGGUGUCUCGUCCUACAUUAGAGCCAAUAUAUGUUCACCGGAAGAGCUUGCCAUUGCUUUCCAAGAGACUCCAGUGGACGUUGUGUUUCAAACGGCAGGACUUAUCCCUACAGUUAAAACCAAAGACUCCGAAUUGUUUCGUGUCAAUAGAGACGGUACUAGGAAUGUGGUGAAUGCUUGCAAGGAAGCUCGAGUAAAAAGAUUAAUAUAUACCAGUACGUGCGACGUCGUUCUUAGUAGCGAUAAAGAUCAAGUCAUUAAAAUGGCCGACGAAACCUACCCUUAUCCGAAAGACCCUCUAAAUGCUUACGCUGCAUCGAAAGCCGAAGGAGAGCGAAUCGUGCUGGAUGCUAACUCGACUACAAUGGCCACGUGUGUCAUUAGACCAUCAAUCAUAGCCAGUCCAUAUUCUGGUCUAUGUCAUGGUCUAUUGAUGAGCCGAGGAGGGUACAUUGGUGACGGGACCUCUCAGCAGUCUCUUGUUGAGGCUGGUGCCUGCGCUAAUGGUCACAUUCUAGCGGAGAAGAGGCUAAGGGAGAGCACUGAAGAAAUUGGAGGGCAGGUGUUUCAAUUAGGAGGUGUGUCGUACGAAUGGCGAGAGCUAGCUAAUUAUGGUCUUGAUGAGUCUGGCUAUACCGCCUGGGGUCAUCCUAGGCGCUCGUCUUAUCCUAAGUGGCUUGUGAAAGUGGCAGCGUUUUUCAACGUUUUAAUUUACAACCUAACAGGCUAUUGUCCUAUAAAUCAGUUCUUGGAUGUUGCUUCAGUUGAGUUUAUAACUAGGAGUUAUACCUUUAGGAGUGACAAAGCAGAAAGGAUGUUAGGAUGGCCUCAGCACCCUCCACUGGAUGAUGUGUUGGUUGGCAUCAUUGAUGAAUAUGAAGCCAAUUCCAAAAAGAGCAAAUAACUAUAAUUUAUUAUUGCUUGUUUUUGUUCUAUUUUAGUUUGAAUUUAUUCAUCGUCACUUGACUGUGGCUAUUUUUAG